ACGGCGUGUUUCAGGAAGACGCCGAGGUGAACGCUGGACUGGCAGCGUUACAAAUCCCAACACGCUGAGUGAAUAAAGUGUCCAUAACAUUAAAACACAUUUACCAAACAGACACAUACACGCUGACACCCACACACCCACACACAUGCACACAUGCACAUUAACACACAAACACAGACACACACCCACCCACCCACACACACACACACACACACACACGUCACCUCGUAUUCUUGGGGCUCAAUGCACUUGACAUGCGGUCUUGCAUUCUUGUGGUCCUCGCUUGUGCCCUGCCGUCCCUUCGCGUUGACGCCCGGAAAAUCAGAGGGAUAUCUCUGUCCUAUAAGCGCUUCUACAGGGAGAGAAAGUCGUUCCUGUGCAUCGAUGGCUCUAAGAUGAUCCUCUUCGAGCAGGUGAACGAUGACUACUGCGACUGCGAUGACGGUUCGGAUGAACCAGGCACGGCGGCCUGUCCAAAUGGCCGAUUCUACUGCGUCAACCUUGGCUUCCACCCCCGGUACAGUCCCUCCUCGCGGGUCAACGAUGGGAUCUGUGAUUGCUGUGAUGCCUCUGAUGAGUACGACAGCCCCGCUCGCUGCCUGAACACAUGCAGGGGUCUGGGGCAGAGGGAGCGCGCGGCGGUGGAGGACCAGAUGAGGGCUCUGGACGAGGGGCUGCGUCUGAGGCAGGAGCUCAUCCAGGAGGGGGUGCUAAUCUGGAGGGAGAAGCAGGGCCAGCUGAGGGAGCUGCAGAAGGUGGCGUGGGACCUCCAGGCCCGGCUGGAGGAGCACCGGGCCAGGAGGAGGAGGGGGGAGUACGGGGACAGCGGGGGCCCGAGGCCGCCGGCGCCGCCACCGGUUGCCCAGGACGACGCAGGUGAGGAGCGCGAGGCCGUCCCCUGA